AUGGAGCAGGAUGACCAAGAGUAUUCGCAGAACUCAGCUGUCUUUUCGUUUGACAAUGCAAGCCAGAUGAGCAUAAGCACAAGCCAGCCCUUUCACCUUACACAGUACAACUCUGAGAACAUGCCUGAUGUGGUGAUUGACGACAUGAAGUCAACGUACACACAGGAGAAUGUGCGAGUGGUGUGGGGCACCACAAUAAACAUACAGGAGACAAUCGACCUCUUCAAAGAGUUCAUCAGAACAUUCACAAACACCGAAGGAGUGCCCUACUAUCUCCACAGGAUCGAAGAGAUGCACGAGCUAGAGAACUACGUGAUCACCCUCGACUGUGCAGACCUGAAAAAUACCCCGUAUGAAAAAGUUUUGACUGAAAUAUUAUCGUAUCCUGUUGAGAUAUUUCCUCUUUUAGAAAUAGCCAUAACAGAUCUCUAUCUGGAAAAGUAUCCAUCCACGCCUCCUUCCAUCCGGGUGAUAGUAACUAACGUGGGAAACCACAAGAACAUACGAGACCUUCUCCCCACUGACGUAGAUAGCACAGUGGAGAUAUCAGGAAUGGUCACUAAGACCAGCGGAAUACUGCCAGAUAUCACCACAGCUGCGUAUGUGUGCAAUAAGUGCAAGGAAGUGCUGCGCACUGAGGUAGUGAGGGGAGUAAUAGCAGAGCCAGUGGACUGCACAUGCGGGGAUAAGUUCACAAUGACAAUGGACAGCGAGCUCUCUUCCUUCCAGGAUAAGCAGGUGAUAAAGAUACAAGAGCUGCCAGAAGCGGUAAGUGAUGGCCUAGUGCCCUGCACAAUAACUGCGCUAGCAUCGCACAUACUGACAGAUGGCCUUGCUCCCGGAGACAGAGUGAACAUCACAGGGAUAUACAGGGCGGUUCCCCUGAAGCUGAACUACAUCCACAGAACGAUAAAGAGCUCAUUCAAAACAUACAUUGAAAUAGUCAGCUACUCCAAGAGAGUGUCAGGAAAUAGCGGAAAAGCAAAGGAUUCUGCUAAAAACACGUUUAGCAUCCUGGAUAAGAUAGAAGAAGUAAGAAACAUGCCAGAUCUAUACGACAAGCUAGCUAAGUCAAUUGCGCCCUCUAUCUACGGCAUGCUGGAUGUAAAGAAAGCCCUUCUUCUGCAGAUGUUCGCAGGCGUGACUAAGUCUCUGAAUGGAGCCAGGUUCCGAGGGGAUAUAAAUGUGCUCCUCGCAGGGGACCCAGGAGUAGCAAAGAGUCAGCUGCUGCUGGCAGUGCACAGACUUAUUGACAGGGGCGUGUAUACUUCAGGCAAAGGAUCGAGCGCAGUGGGUCUUACAGCCAAUGUGUCUCGUGACAUAGAAAGCGGGCAGCACAUCCUUGAGUCAGGCGCUCUUGUGAUAAGCGAUGGAGGGGUGUGCUGUAUUGAUGAGUUUGACAAGAUGGGAGAGGGAACAAGAAGCGUGCUGCAUGAAGCAAUGGAGCAGCAGACUGUAAGCAUCGCUAAGGCAGGGAUCAUUACUACGCUCAAUGCUCGGUGCUCUAUCCUAGCAGCAUGCAAUCCGAUAGGCAGCAGCUACAACCCAAAGAAAAACAUCAUUGAAAACUUGGACAUUCCUCCUACCCUUUUGAGUCGUUUUGACAUUGUGUGUCUUCUGCUGGAUAAAGUAAACGCAAAAAGAGACAGGGAAAUAAGCACGCACAUCAUCAAGCUGUACGCAGGAACAGAAAAACAGGCAGAGCCUCCUGUCAGCGAAGAAGUGCUGAAAGAGUACAUCAAAGAAGGGAGAAAUAUCAACCCAGUGAUAACGGAUGCAGCAGCCCUGAGGAUAUCAAAAGAGUACCAGGAGCUAAGACUGCUGGGAAACGGGAAGAGUGUCACUGCCACCACCAGACAGCUGGAGAGCAUCAUCAGACUCAGCGAAGCACACGCAAGAAUGAGGCUCUCUGAGAAGGUGGAAGAGCAGGACGUGUCAGAAGCCAUCAGGAUAAUAAAAGAUUCUCUGCACAUUUAUGCUGUAGACCCAGUGACAGGAAGGAUCGACAUGGAGCUGAUCCACACGGGAAAAACAACAGCAGCCCUGAAGAUGGAGGAAGACCUGAAAGAGCUGAUUAUGAAGAGCGUAGGAAAGGGAAGUACAGUGCCCAGCCUGGUGGAGGCAGUUAAUAAGACAGGAAGAGUGCAAGAAAAAACGGUGGUUGGGAUAUUAAACGAGCUCCAAGAGGAAGGGAAGGUAAUGAUUGAUGGGCUGUGUGUUACUCCAAACUGGCACAGAAUGUAG